UUUUCUAAAAUGGUCUUCUCACAGUAGUCACCAAACAGAAUUGAGUACUGAUUUUCUGUUUUGCAAGAAGCCCAAAACAGAGAAAUCAGACAUAUUUUAAAAAACGGAAGGCUCAAUAAUUUUCCAGGCAUUGUAUAUAAUCAAUGCAAUGAUUUCAUUUGAGGGGGGACCCGAGUUUGUUUUCUGAUUAACUGAGCAGGUAUUUGGGACCAAAUUAAUCACGACACCAUGGCACACAAAACCUUUCACAUUGCGAUGUAUCCAUGGUUUGCCCUUGGCCAUAUUACUGCAUUUGUUCACAUUGCCAACAAACUAGCGGAGAGAGGCCAUAGAAUUUCCUUCUUCUUGCCAGCCAAAACACAGCGUAAGGUUGAGGCUUUUAAUCUCCACCCGGAUCUCAUAACCUUCAUUCCAAUCACCGUUCCACAUGUUGAAGGCCUGCCUCUCGGCGCUGAAACAACAAAUGACGUUCCUUUUCCUUUGCACCCUCUCAUUAUGACCGCCAUGGACCUCACGGAACCUGAGAUUGAAGCUUCCCUCCGUGAACUCAAACCCCAUUUCGUUUUCUAUGAUUUCACUUGCUGGUUGCCAGCCUUGACUCGCAGGCUAGGCAUCAAGUCCGUGCUUUAUUGUAUCAUUAGCUCCGUAACUGUUGGAUAUCUUCUGAGUCCAGAAAGAAAGACUCUUGAGAAAGGUUUGACUGGGCCUGAUCUCCUGGAACCUCCAGAAGGUUUCCCUUCUUCAAGUAUCAAGCUACGCGCCCAUGAAGCUCGAGGAUUAGCUGCGGUAACAACUAUGGAUUAUGGAAGUGGUAUUUCGUUUGUGGAGCGCCAGCUAAGGUCUUUAAGUGACUGCGAUGCAAUUGGUUUCAAGACAUGCAGGGAGAUUGAAGGACCUUAUUGUGAAUAUAUUGGAAACCAGUUCGAAAAGCCAGUGAUUUUCGCAGGUCCAGUAGUGCCAGAGCCACCAAAAAUAGCGUUAGAAGAACGAUGGGAAAAGCUAUUAAUCAACUUUCAAGCUAAGACCCUGAUCUUCUGUGCCUUUGGGAGUGAGUGUGUUCUCAAAAAGGAUCAGUUCCAGGAAUUGGUUUUAGGCCUUGAGCUUACAGGUUUACCAUUCUUGGUUGCCCUGAAACCACCAAUAGGAGCUGAAACAAUUGAGUCAGCCUUGCCAGAAGGAUUCCAAGGGAGAGUGGAAGGAAGAGGAUUGGUUCAUGGAGGUUGGGUGCCGCAACAACUGAUCCUGAUGCAUCCUUCCGUGGGGUGUUUCGUGACUCACUGCGGGUCUGGCUCUUUGGCAGAGGCUAUGGUGAAUGAUUGUCAAUUGGUGCUGUUACCUAAUGUUGGAGAUCAAAUAAUUAAUGCAAGAUUGAUGGCUGGAGACUUGAGAAUUGGAGUAGAAGUUGAGAAAGGUGAAGAAGAUGGGCUAUUUACAAAGUAUGAUGUUUGCAAGGCAGUGAAGGCUGUAAUGGAUGAUAAUAGUGAGGUGGGGAAAGAGGUAAGGGCCAACCAUGCUAAAUGGAAGGAGUUCCUUUUAGGACCAGGGCUUGAAAACCAUUACAUGGAUGGUUUUGUUGAGCAGCUGCAUGCGCUGGUUUGAGUAUUUCAUUCAUUUUGAGAUCAUGAAGUUGUAUUAUUUUCCUUUUACUAUCAAUUCUAUUGCAAGGAAAAUCUGUUUUGAAAUUGAAUUCAAUGUCAAAACUCAAGAUAUACCUCAAAUUGGGUGGAAAAUUUCAAAUAUAUAUUUUUUAUGUUUUUAUUUGAA